AACAAACAACGGCUUGAACUCUUUCACCAACCCAUUGUUGCUCCGUUUUCACCCUCUAACAGGAGAAUUCUUGAAUAUUGUGGUUAACCGCUACGUGCUUGUUGUUUUUAAUUUGCAAGCGCCGUGCUCAAUCGUGUUUUACACUUGUGGUUGAUCUACUGAAGAAAUUGGCAGAAGGUGCAACGUAAACAAUGUCUGUUGAUGACGAAGAACCAAAGAUGAACCUUUCAGACGAGGGAUCUGAAGGAGAAGGCGAUGAUUUGAGACCAGAGGCCUACGACUCUUCGGAGGAAGAGGAGGAUGACGAUGAAGAAGAGAUCCAGAAGAUCCGUGAAGGGUUUAUCGUUGACGAUGAGGACGACGAGGUUUCAACGCAGAAACGUAGAAAGAAACAUAAGCGCCGCCAUCAGGAGAAAGAGAUUAAGGAACAGGACGACGGCUUGUUAGAUGAGGAUGACUUGGACCUGCUGAUGGAGAACACAGGCACUGCAAGGGAUAAGUCUACAAGUAAGUUCAAACGUUUGAAAAAGGCUACACCAGAAGAACAGCCUGAGAGAUUGAAAGACUUGAACGAUUUCUUUUCGGAAGAUGAGGAUAUUGGUAUGGAAGAUGAACCUUCAACAUCACGUAAAAGAGAUACAAACCGAGUUAUGGAUGAAUUCGACGAUUUCAUCGAGGAUGACGAGUUCUCAGAUAUGGAUGAAGACGCCCGUGCAGCUGCUCGUGAAAGACGCCAACAGGAGAGACUUAAACCUUUGGAGAUUACAGGUAUUGACUCUGAAAAAAUUGACGAACUGUACGAUAUCUUUGGUGAUGGUGAAGAUUAUGCAUGGGCCUUGGAAGGCGAAGAGGAAGAAGGUGAAUUCAAAGAAGAUGAAGCCAGACCUCAACUUCAAGAUAUUUAUGAACCUGAAGAAUUGAAGGCAAGAAUGUUGACGGAUAACGAUAAGGUUAUUCGGGAUACUGAUAUUCCAGAACGUUUCCAGAUGCUUCGUAAGGGUAUCAAGAAUUACGAAUUGGAAGACGCCGAUUUCGAAUACGAAAAAGAGUGGAUUGCACACAGACUAAAAAUUGAAACUCUCUACGGUUCGAAUGACACAGUGGAUGAAGAAGCCUUCAAACGGGCUGUAGGUGAUGUACUGACCUUUGUAACCAAAAACAAUCUCGAGGUUCCAUUCAUCUACUCUCAUCGUCGUGAUCAUCUGUUGAAAACAACCAUUACUGGUGAAGGUGAUCAUGCAGAAACAGUUGUUGUAUCUCUGCUCGGUGAGAACGAUCUGUGGAGAAUUGUCCAGAUGGAUAUUGAAUUUCACGCUUUAAUUGAAAAAAGAGACCAAAUGAACAUACUCAUUUCCAAACUGGAAUUGAAUGAUGAAGCAGUAUCAGAGGCUGUUGGCGAAGCACGUUCAGUUACUGACUUACAAGACAUCCAUGACUACAUCUCAUUCAAGUACAGUGCUCAACUGAAGGAUUUGGGAUUGAAGAAGAGCCAUCACAAGUCAAACAUUUACGAUAAGAUUAGAAAAGAUAACUUGUACGAGAUUAUUAAGAGUAUUGGUAUUACAUCUUCAGAGUACGCUGAAAAUAUCACUGCAGAGACCAGGUUCUUCAACACAAAGGAUUCAGAGAAAACACCAACGGAACUUGCAGAGACGAUAUGCUCUGAACCAGACUCUCUGUUCUUAAAAGCUUCUCAGGCAUUAGAAGUAACGAAACGUUUCUUUGCUGAGGAAUUGUUCACGAACUUGAAGGUCAGACGUUACUUUAGAAAUCUCAUGUCUGAAUUAUCCACAAUCAAUAUUGAGCUUACAGAACAAGGACGUUUGAAAAUCGAUAAGAACAGUCCGUACGCAGAUUUCAAGUACGCUAUUAACCGUACUCAUGAUUCUAUGUAUUCCCAACCUGAUCUUUUCCUCAGAAUGUUAGAAGCUGAGUCGAUGAACUUGGUUAAGAUCAACUUGACAAUCCCUGGUCAGAGUGGUCUCUUUGAGUCCGUCUUCAAUUUACUAGCAUCCGAUGGUCAAUCUGAUUUGGCGAACGAAUGGAACAACUAUCGUCGUUCUGCAUUAGAGAUUGCUUUCAAAAAGUUGAUUCCGUUGGUGGCUCUAAACGUGAAGGAAGAUAUACGCCGUGAAUGUGAGCGUUUGUUGUUCUUUGAAAUCCGUGGUGUUUUCUUGAAGAAAAUUGACUGUGCACCAUUCCAUGCGCCAGGUACAGAAAUUGGUACGGUUCCAAAAGUUUUUGCUUUAACUCCAGGUAAUGGUAAGUUUGGGUCUGAUGCUGUUGUUGCAGCAUGUUUGGAUAAGUUUGGUAAGGUUGUACAAACUUUCAAGUUUAACGAAAAUCCACGUAUCUCUCCAGACAGAUUAAGAGCGGGAGAAACAGCCUUUGAAGCGGUAUUUGUUGAAGCAAUUAGAGAAACACAACCAGACGUUAUUGCGAUCAAUGGAUUCAACGUCAACACAAGUAAAUUGUACAAGAUCAUCCAGGGUAUCAUCAGCAGUUAUGGGUUGAAGAGUGGAGAGACCCAACACAGUUUGGAAAUAAUCUAUGCCAACGAUGAAGUUGCCAUGAGAUAUCAAAAUUCUCCAAGAUCAACUGCCGAGUUCCCAGAUAAACCAACUUUGGUUAGAUAUGCUAUUGGGCUUGCACGUUAUGUUCAAUCACCACUUUUGGAAUAUCUAAACUUGGGUGACGAAGUCACUGCAUUGUCAAUUCACAAACAUCAAAGUUUAUUACCUGAGGAGAGAUUUAAAAACGCUCUAGAUACUGCAUUUGUGGAUAUUGUCAAUAUGGUUGGUGUCGAUAUUAAUAAGUGUGUUUCUGACUCAUACUUGGCAUCUUCUUUGCCGUUUAUUGCUGGUCUUGGUGAUCGUAAAGCAUUUGGCCUGUUGAGGGCUGUACAACAGAAUCCCCUUUUCAGUCGUCAAGCUUUAAUCACGAACGAAAACAUUCGUAUCGGUACAACUAUCUUCUUGAACUGUGCCUCAUUCUUACGUAUUCCGCAAUCUAAGAGCCGUGCUCUCAGAUCUGAAGAUGAAGUUGAAGCCGUUACAGUUCUUGAUGAAACAAGAAUACAUCCAGAGGAUUAUGCUCUUGCUGAGAAGAUGGCUGCAGAUGCUCUUGAUCUUGAUGAAGAUCAAAUUGAGGAGCUGAAAGAUGCACCAGUUGGUGAAACUAUUAUUGAUCGCCUGAUGAAUGCGCCAGAGGGCACUUCAUUGUUGCAGAGUUUAGUGUUGGAGGAUUAUUCUAGACAACUGGAGGAAACUUAUCAUAAAAAGAAGAGAGCCACAUUGCAAAUGAUAUCCGAAGAAUUACAGGAUCCAUAUGCUGAAAUCAGGGGAAGCUUCAAAUUGAUGACCUCCGAACAGGUAUUUGAAUCACUUACUGGUGAAUCUGCCAGCUCGCUUCACCGUGGUGUUGUCAUUCCAAUGCUCGUUAUGCGCGUAAACGACUAUCGUGUGACUGGUAUGACACCAAGUUCUAUAGAUCUUAGUGCCAAUGCUGAUUUCGCUAGGGCUCCUCGUGAUAGACGUCGUCUAGCCGAGAUCUACCAACAGGGACAAACGAUCCCAGCUUCCAUCCAAACAAUUGACUAUGAAAACUUCACCGCUGAGGUUAGUCUCUUAGAUAGAGACGUUAAGAGCUCCAUUGAACAGUUGAAAUUUGACAAAUCACCACAAAUCUGGGACGUUGUCAAAGAGGAAGCAGAUGACAAUAUCGAAAAGCGUAAACAGGAAGUUGCACAGAAGGGUACAAGGGUCAUCAAGCAUCCUCUGUUUCAUAACUUCAAUUCGGACCAAGCUCAAAACUUCCUUGCACCAAAGCUUCGUGGUGCUGCUGUUAUUCGUCCAUCUUCUAAAGGAUUUGACCACAUUGCCAUAACUUGGAAAGUUGAUAACAAUCUGUACCAGCACAUUGAUGUUGUUGAACAUGGAAAGGAGAAUGACUAUUCAAUUGGUAAAUACUUGACCAUUGACAAGCACCGUUAUACUGAUCUUGACGAAAUUCUCGAAACCUACGUUGGUGAGAUUGUCAAACGUAUCAACGAGAUGGUUGACAACGACAAGUUCCGUUCUGGUACGAAAGAUGAAGUUGUCGAAUGGAUCGAGAACUAUUCCAAGGCAAAUCCAAAGCGUGGUGUUUAUGCAUUCGCCUUCAACCAUAAGAGACCUGGCUGGUUCCUGUUAUUGUUCAAGACGGGACCUCAAAGCCAAAUCUACACCUGGAAUGUCAAGGCUGUUCCUGAAGGUUAUGAGCUGAAUACAUAUCCUUAUCCAAACGUCCAGGCGCUGUGCAAUGGUUUCAAGACACUGUUGAAGAACAGAAGCACACAGCCAAGCCACUACUGAAAAUAAGAAACUGAAAAGAAUUUGAAUAAAAAAGAAGAAUCUCUGUUAUGUUAUAUGUUAUAUUACUGUUGGUGAUUGAUUGUAUAAGGCCAAAGAGAGCUCUAUGCCAGCUCCUCCAAGUCUUGUUGAGACUUUGCAGAUCUCUUCUGGAACUCCUU